UGCGGGCCCCGUCCCUUCGAAACGGGGUGAGCAGCACGGGCGGCUCUAACCCGGAAGAAGUUUUUUUGUCACGGCGGUGCUCCCCCGGAAGCACCUGCGUGUGGGCGGGCAGAGCGCGGAGGGCGGAAGCGCUGCGGCGGCUGCAGGGAGGGGCCCGGCUCCCGCUCCCAGACCUCGGCGCUCCCACCAUGGGCACCCGCGACGACGAGUACGAUUAUCUCUUCAAAGUUGUACUUAUUGGAGACUCUGGAGUAGGCAAGAGUAACCUUCUGUCUCGCUUCACUCGCAAUGAGUUUAACUUGGAAAGCAAAAGCACCAUUGGAGUAGAGUUUGCAACAAGAAGCAUUCAAGUUGACGGGAAGACAAUAAAGGCUCAGAUAUGGGACACAGCAGGGCAGGAGCGAUACCGAGCUAUAACAUCAGCGUACUAUCGCGGCGCUGUAGGGGCAUUAUUGGUGUAUGAUAUUGCUAAGCACCUUACUUACGAGAAUGUAGAGCGAUGGCUGAAGGAGCUGAGAGACCAUGCUGACAGCAAUAUUGUCAUCAUGCUCGUGGGAAACAAAAGUGACUUGCGCCACCUGAGAGCAGUCCCUACAGAUGAGGCCAGAGCUUUUGCAGAGAAAAAUGGUUUGUCAUUUAUUGAGACGUCUGCUUUAGACUCUACAAAUGUGGAAGCAGCUUUCCAGACUAUUCUGACAGAGAUCUAUCGUAUUGUUUCCCAGAAGCAAAUGUCCGACAGACGUGAAAAUGACAUGUCUCCAAGCAACAACGUGGUUCCCAUUCACGUCCCUCCAACCACUGAAAACAAACCAAAGAUGCAGUGCUGUCAGAAUAUAUAGAAUUGUUCCUUCUUUCCUAAAAGGCUGUGUAUAUUUCCCCAGGUUGAAGAUUUAAAUAUAUUUGUAAUUCUUGUGGUUACUUUUUUGUGUUUAGUUACUGCUUAUUCCUUCUGAAUUUCUCCAUGUCUUGAACACUUUGAUUUCAGUGUUUAUAAAUCUAUUGCUUCUGUGUGGCUGCAGUAUUUUCCCAAUGCCGACUUGUCGGUUUUGGUUCAGUAAAUUGUUCGGAACUGAUCUGAUCUCUCUCCUACACGAUGCCCGCUAGUCAGAGCACACACACCUUUAGUGAGCACUCGACGAUGUUAUUCUGCUCCUUGCUAAGCAAUUACUGUCAGGUUAACUAGGAAAAUAUCUCUGGGCAGGAUAAUCUUUCCUUGUCUUAAGGUGUUGCAUACUGCAUCUAAAGCUUGAUGAAAUGCCUGUGGCUCUGAAGUGCAAUUUUAAUGUAAGUUAAUGUUUUUGGCUACAUCUUCAGAUUGUCAAGGAUUUUCUUUUAAUAGAGUAUUAUGGGGGAGAAAAGAGAAUUUGUUGCAGCCAAGCAGCAGGGUUCUUGCUACCUGUGAACGAGCUUUUGUGGUUUGUUGCUGCUGCCGAGGAGGUGCGAUGUGCGGUGGAGCCGCUGGUGAAGAACCCAGAAGCAGGAGCUGUGGAAGCGCUGCGGGGUCACUCAGCCCCCGGAACCUGCAGCAGGUUUGUGUGCAGAGUUGGCUUCCGCAGUGCUGGUGGUGUCAGGAUUUGAGGAUUUUUCUUUUGUGGUGCACAGACCUGAAGGGUGUUAUCAUGUCUUACAUAUCACGUUUAUUAAUCCAUGCCUUGGAUAUUAAUACAGUCAGAUGCUUGAGUUGACGAAUCAAUAACUUCCACAACCUGUUCCUAGUUUUCAGUUCUGUUCCAUCCGAUAUUGUUAAAUUAUUCCGGUCUUUUGGGAUAUAUUCUUGAACAAAACCACCUGGAGUAGUUUUCUCACAGGAUGCCUUCCUUCCGUGGUCUGUUGCUCAGUACAAAUCAUUGUUCGAUCUGCUUGUUCAGGACACGUGGACGGUGCCUUCUGUUGUAUCGCUUGGUACACGCCACUCCCAAACAGUCGUUGAACCCAGAUCUGGGGGCUACAGGCACUGCAAUUCUACACUAGUUAAAAGAACUGCUUGUUGUAUAAAUGCCUGCAGUUAUUUAUACAAUUACAGGGAAGUAAAUUGAUUGUAGGGGACGUUUCUCAAACCCUGAUAUGACUCACUGGGAACAUCCAAAUCUGGGUAGGGACAGCCAGCUGCGUUUCGUACCCAACCUUUCUGUCUUGCGGUGCUCAUGAUGUGUAAGGCACACGGAAGGCAUUGCUGUAGUCGGUCACUUGGUUUUUUUUCUUUUUUAAUUCAUUUCUCCUCCUCGUAUUAGUUCUGAAGAUGCUAUUUUGAUCUGUUUGUAAAUUACUUUGUAUUUUAUGCAUGUACUGUACCUUGAUUCAUUAUUUUUUUAGAUUGAUUUAAAAUAUAUUCAUCCAUGAUUCUAAUAAAGAAUUACAGGGGACGAGUC